AUGUUUGUAGACGCUAUUAAAGAUUGCUAUGAGGCACUUGUCAUUGCUAAGUUCUUGGCGUUGAUGUAUAGCUACCCUAACAUAUCCAUGAGUGGAAGGAUUAUCCCUGAUGAGAUUAAAGGGAGAGAAAUCCACCACUCUUUCCAGUGA